AUGUUUGGCUCAAACCGUCUGGCAAGCUCCGCUAGGACUGCCAGCGCUCCCGAAGCCACCAGACGAGCGUCCCAGAGCAGACCCGUCCGCUCUCGCCUCGCUUUGCCUUUGCUGCUGACUCUGUUGAUUCUCACGCCGCGGGUGGACUCAUCGUGGUGGUAUAUUGGGGCCCUGGGCACAAGAGUGAUCUGUGAUAACAUACCAGGACUAGUCAAUAAACAGCGGCACCUGUGCCAGAGUUACCCAGAUAUCAUGCAAUCCAUAGGGGAAGGAGCUAAAGAGUGGAUUCGGGAAUGCCAGCAUCAAUUCCGUCACCAUCGUUGGAACUGCAGCACUUUGGACAGAGACCACACCGUUUUUGGCAGAGUCAUGCUUCGAAGUAGUAGAGAAGCAGCCUUUGUCUACGCAAUCUCCUCAGCUGGAGUUGUAUAUGCCAUCACCCGGGCCUGCAGCCAAGGCGAGCUGAAAGCCUGCAACUGUGACCCCCAUAAGCGGGGCCGCUCAAAGGAUGACAGAGGGGACUUUGACUGGGGGGGCUGCAGUGACAACAUCAAUUAUGGCAUAAAGUUUGCAAAGGACUUUGUGGAUGCCAAAGAGAAAACCGUGAAAGAUGCCCGUGCUUUAAUGAAUCUGCAUAACAAUCGUUGUGGCAGAACGGCUGUGAAGCGUUUCCUGAAACUAGAAUGCAAAUGUCAUGGUGUCAGUGGUUCCUGCACCUUAAGGACUUGCUGGCUGGCAAUGUCAGAUUUCCGCAAAACGGGAGAUUAUCUUCGGAAAAAAUACAAUGGUGCCAUUCAAGUGACUAUGAACCAAGAUGGCUCUGGAUUUACUGUGGCCAAUAAGAACUUCCGGAAGCCCACAAAAACUGACCUUGUAUAUUUUGAGAACUCUCCUGAUUAUUGUGUGAUGGAUAAAUCUGCAGGUUCACUAGGAACUGCUGGUCGUGUGUGCAACAAGGUAUCACGUGGCACUGAUGGAUGUGAAGUCAUGUGUUGUGGCAGAGGUUAUGAUACUACUCAAGUAACUCGAGUCACUAAAUGCGAGUGCAAAUUUCAUUGGUGUUGCGCUGUUCGCUGCAAAGAAUGUGAAGACACCAUAGACAUUCAUACGUGUAAAGCACCAAAGCGUGCAGAAUGGAUUGAUCAAACUUGA